AUGUCCCGUUGCCCUCCCUCCCCCUCCCCCUUUUUUCCCUCCUCGCGCCUCUCACCCGCGCCGCGCGCUCGCCGCAGGCCUGGCACGGUCGCCUUGAGAGAGAUCCGGAAAUACCAGCGCUCGACGGAGCUGCUGAUCCGCAAGCUGCCCUUUGCCCGCCUCGUGCGCGAAAUCACCCAG